AUGGAGCGAGCUUUGUCAACAGCUGAUGUUCCGAGGCAGUUUCUCAAGGACAUCUUUUUGGUUGGCCAUGUGCCGCUCAAAUCUUUGGCAUCGGAUCCGCGCGUCUCCUAUGCUCUUUACAUACCUUCUACCCACUACGAUACCAAUCCAAACCCCACACAACUCCCACUGCUUAUCUGGGUGCAUGGCACAGAGAGGAGAUGGACCGCGAUCUAUGAGGCAGAAUUAACCUCAUUUGCCGACCGAACACCAUGCGCAAUCCUUGCCCCAUUGUUCCCAGCUGGGCUUGAUGGUCCGAAUGAUUUGGAUUCAUACAAAAAGCUCCGAUCGCACUCCCUUCGAUCAGAUCAGGCACUUUUGUCUAUCUUAGACGAGCUUGCACCGCGAUGGCCGGAGAUUCGGACAGACAAAGUCUUCAUGAUGGGAUUUUCAGGUGGCGGUCAAUUCGCUCACCGAUUUCUCUACCUCUACCCUGAGAGACUAGCAGCUGUCAGUGUGGGCGCACCGGGAAGAGUGACCCUAUUGGAUUUCUCAGAGAAAUGGCCGGUCGGAGUAGCAGAUACCGCGACUGUGUUUGGCCGACCUGUCACCCUAAAUCACAUUCAACAAGUUGCUAUUCAGCUGGUGGUUGGCUCGGAGGAUAAUCAGAUACACGGAGGCAAGGAGUUCUGGACUUGGUUACAGCGUUAUAAAAACGACGCAGAGAACCAACGAGAACCUGGAGCACUAGAUACAAUGAACCGAGGGCGAACUGAAACUUUGGAUUAUUUGCAUAACACAUGGAAAGAAUACGGGAUCGAUAGUCAACUUGAAAUAGUCCAGGGCAUCUCGCAUGAAGCUGGACGGGCGCAGAAGCAUAUGCUUCGUUUCCUAGAGCCGCUGAUCCGGGCUGGAUUUCAAGAAAAAGCCGACGGCAACACGCGAGUAGCUACUUGA